AGGGAGGGCGCAGCAGGGAGCCUGCCUGCCAGACACCCUCGGGGAGCCUGCCCUUUCAAGCAUGCUCCAUACCAUCUGGGCUCCCUCACUCCCAGUGUGCUCUUAGCUCUGCCUGCGUGGGGUCCUGGAGACCUUCUUGGAGCUCAUCCAGCAACCAUCAUGCAGGGUGGUGCUGGGCGCUGCCCUCUUACUCGGAGGUGGAGGCCUCAUGCUGUGGAUUCAGAGAAAGAGGAGAAGGAAGACAGUCUCUGAGUCAGCACCAGAUGAGCACGAGCCACCAGAAGGCCAUAAAGCAAAGAAUGAGGACUGGAUCAAAUCUCACUUUAGCCGCCUUUCUGAAGAGAAGCUAGCCACCUGCAGCAACUCUGCUGCUGCCAGCAGCAGUGCCACGGCCCUCCGGCCUAAGAGUGGCAGUGGAGAGGCCAGCACCACGAUUCGCGUGGAGACUUUCACCACGAGUCAAGAUGGGGGCACAGCUCUUCACCGGGAGUCCUUCACCAGCAAGCAGAGGAUGUCUGGGUCCUCAGUGAUCAAAGAGACCCACAAGGAAUCUGGAAAAUCCUCAUCCACGGAUGAGGCCACGUGGGCUGCCGUGGCUGCCUGUACCAAGGAGAUUGACACCAAGGGGCAGCAACUGGCUAACUCCAUGUUGCAGCGUGCCAUGGCUUACCAGAACUCAGGCCACCUGGAGUCCAAGGACAUCAACCAGGAGGAGCUGAAGGCCCUCGAGGAGGUGGAGAUGAAGCUGAAAGGGAAUUUCCUCACCCAGCGGGAAACCUCUGUAGCUGGUGCGAACCACACACACACCUUCCAUGGCCAUGGUCAACAUGGCCACCAGAGUCAUCCAAGCCACCCAAGCCACCAGAGUCACAGCCUGCCCAACCGCAGCCACCAGACCUACCACCCCUUUGAAGCCACCUAACCAUGGAUGGAGAUACCCCUUCCCCCAGCAGGGCUGGCAUACAAUCACAGGCCUGUUUUCUCUCCUAUGGGCAACUAUGUGGCCCAGGGGGAGAUGCUGCCACCCAAAUCCCUUCUUCUUUGGGCCCCCACAGGGGUCCUGGGCCUCUUUGACUCCAUGAGUGGGGUCUGUCACAGAGGAUGGCUCCUGAUGGAGGAAGAGCUGGGAGGAAGCGAAGCAGCUGAGACAGACUCACGGGCCCCGGAAGACCCACUGAGAGAAGACAGACGAGGCAGAUCCCAGGAGCAGCUGAGAGCCCCACACUGAUGCCAAAUGCCUGGAACUGAGCCAAUAAAGCCUUGUAUCCCCUC